GCUUCCAGGGCUUCCGGACGCUGCCCGCGCCGGUCCCUCGCUUUCCUCCCUGCCCCCCUCGGGUCCGCCACUUCCCGGGUUUGAGAGCUCCGCUCCUUCCUCCAACUAGGGCAGUGGCGGCCAUGUCAGCGGCGGGGACGGUUGCCGGCCGCGGCCUGAAACCGGCCGCUCCCUACCUGCCCCCGGCAGGGGACGGGCAGGGCGGUCGGGGGAGCUUCCUGGGCCCCCGUCCCCCGGCCGCGGUGGAGGCCAUGGCCCGGCAGCUGCGGGGCCUGGACAAGGACUUGUUCCGGCAGCUGCUGAAGGUGGUGGUGAGCGCCCUGCAGGGCGAGGACUGCCGGGAGGCCACGCGGCGGCUUGUGGACUCGUCGCCGCUGUCGGAGUCGCAGCUCGGCGUCCUCGUCGCGGGCAUGUACGCGCUGCUCCGGGAGGCCCUACGGCUGCCGGCGUCCGCCCUCAAGCCCGACGUUUUCCGGGAAGACCUCCAGCAACUCCAGGUGCCCGACGAGUUCGUGACGGAUUUUGCCAGCGUAGUCUUCAGCGGCCGGCGCCCUGACCUGGCCCGCGAGCAAGGCGCCCGGCUGCCCACGGUGCAGGACUUCAGGUGGAGGGUGGACGUGGCCAUCUCCACCAGCUCGCUGGCGCGCUCCCUGCAGCCGUCCAUCCUGAUGCAGCUGAAGCUGUCGGAUGGCCAAGCCCAUCGCUUUGAAGUGCCAGUCGCCAAGUUUCAAGAACUAAGGUACAACGUUGCCUUGAUCCUGAAAGAAAUGAACGACCUAGAGAAGAGAUGCGUUCUUAAGAUCCAGGACUAACGCUCGCCUGCCUGCCUGUGGGUUAGGUUGGGCAGCUCCCCAAGAAGCCUCCUCUUGAAUGAAGACAGACGCAGCCAGGAAUCAUGGAGCAUAAUGUGUCUCAACGUUGUAUCAUUUCUCUGACUGUACUGUAAAUAUUUUUCAAUUAAAAUAUUGGUUGAGAAAAACAACCUUAAGUUAGGGUUUUUUUUUCCCUCAAAACCGUUUAUUUUUGAAAUCAGUUUUGUAUGAUUCUUAAGGAAGUAUUGAAAUAACGAACAAAAGCUUAAGACUUUGUAAGAAAAAAGAUGAGCCAUCCGAGCCUGGUGUAUCAGCUGUUCUUAUUCCGAUAAAGGGGCCAAUGUGUCAGCUGUCUUCUGUAAAUGGUUCCUUAUCUAGUCAUAUUUAGAAAUGUGUACGUAUAUCUUUAAGAAUUGCUUUUGUAGACUGAUUAAUAAGUAUGUCUAUUUCUGCUUCAUUUUCAGGGCAGUUAUAUUAAAAAUUGGUAACAUCAAAAUAUUUUGAAAAAUUUAUACCUCUAACUAUUUCGAAAGAGCAGGGACUUCAUCUCUUUCUUGAUCAGCUUAUAAUCCUGAGGACCUUGCAUUGAUUCAUUUAGGGAUCAAAGUAUUUUAAAGCAUUCCACCAAAUAUAAAAGCUUCAGGAGAAAAAAAAACUAUAAGAUGUAUUUUCUUCAUCUUUAUUAUUUUAAUACACCCCCUCCCCAAGAAAAGAAAUUGACAUUUGUUUCUUUUAGCUCAGACAACCUUAAGAGUAAUUUUGUCAUGACAAAGCCAAAGAGUUCACAAUCCUGUAGAACCGAGGUCCUCAAACGUUCUUUGUUCCAGGACUCCUUUACGCUUUUAAAAUUAUUAAAGACUUCCAUCGAGCUUUUGUUAAUAUGGAUUAUAUCUAUCAAUGUUUAUGGUAUUAGAAAUUAAAACCUAUAAAUUUUUAAAAUAUUUCAUUUAACAAUAAAAUCGUUACCUGUUAACACAAAUUACUUUUUCACAAAAAAAUAACUUUUCCAAAACAAAAAAAAAUGGAGAGGGGUAUUGCUAAUCUCUUUAAUGUCUGGUUUAAUGCAAGACAACUGGAGUCUCAUCUGUUUAUGCAUUCGAUCUAUUGCGAUAUGUUGUUUUAAUUGGAAGUAUGUGAAGAAAAUCUACCCUCACACGGACAUAUAGUUGGAAAAGAGGAGUAACUUAAUAGGUAAAAAUAUCUUAGUAUUGCUGUGAAAAGUUUUAACCAAGUGGACUCCCUGAAAGGGUUUCAGUGAUUCCCACUGAGAACCACUGCUGUACAAAAACCUUAUUCUUAACCCCUAAAUUUUCUCAUAAUUUUGUAAAGAACCUUUCUUAACAGAGUGUUAUAGUCUUGUAACUUGAAAAAUGAGCUAUAUCCCUCAUAUUUUUCAAUAUAAGUGAUUAUGAAACAUGCAAUAAGUUCUGACUACAUGAGGACAUCUUUAACUUUUACUUGUAGACUGGUACAAUGGGAAGAGCCUAUAAUUUGCAGUGAUGGGAAAUUAAUUUGAUUCUUUGCCCUCCCUUUUAAUAUUUGGCAGGAAAGUUGGAAUUAGAUCGUUUCUCAAGACCCUUUUUGCUUUAAAUAUUUAUACAUUUGACCAUUGUUAUAUCCAGACAUCAAUAGAGCUCCAUUGGCACAGAGCACAGUACGUUGUCCCACACUAUAUCAUUUUAAAAAACAUCAUCAGUUGGAAAAUUUUUUCUUUAUGUGGCAUUGUUACCAGUAGGUUUACAGAAUAAGUUUUCCCUAGCAUUGUCUUCACCAAUAUAUUAAGCAAAGAUAAUCCAUCCUUAAUUAUGCAUUUUGUUUCAUCCACUUGAAAUGCAAAAUUGAAAGAGAUAAGUUUCUCAUUUGAGUACAGACGAGAAAUUUCUUCCUACUCUACCGUACAAUCAGUGACCAAAAGAUGAAGCAAUAUCUUUUGAAGGAACUUAAUAUUCUAACGGGGGAGACAAGUAAAUAUGUAAUAAAUAUAAAGGGUAAGUCACUUACCCUUUAUAUGCCUCAGUUUCCUCAUCUAUAAAAUAGGGAUAAUAAUGGCAUCUAUUUCACAGAGUUCUGAAUCUCAAAUGAGAUAAUAUUUGUAAAGCAUUUUGAAUGGUGGCUGGUGUAUUGUAGGUGUUUUCAUCUUUUUUUGUAUGUGUAUGCAUAUAUUUACAUAUAUACCUACGUAAACAUACAUAGAUCAAAUAUAUCCCACAUAUUUCUUUAAAAAUAAUAUUUUUACUAUGAAAUUAAAUGAAAAUUUUAAUUUAACUUACAUGUUUCUAAUAAAAUGAGGCAGUGGAGAUUAUAAAUUCUUUAUAAUUAGAAGUUGCUAAAAGACAGAUUCUGCACAUAUUUAUAUAUUGCAUUUCAUUUAGUUAUUUCGGCUGACCAAAGAAAUAACUGACCAUACUAGAGAUUAUUCUGGUAGCAGCAGUGGUUACCAUUCCUGAUUUAUUCUUAUCUUUAUCAACCCUAACUUAGCUCAGGGCUUCCCCAGUCUUGUUGUGUGAUAUUAAAAAGUAUCACAAAGGAGCAUUCUACCUGCUAUCUUUUAGAAAGGCCCCUAUGAGAGCAACAUAAAAAUGAUUCUGGAGAAAGGAAAUUUUCCUUAAAAGGAGCCACAUAGUAGGGUAGACAUGACUGGUCUCAUUAAUAAUUUGCUAAUACUGUUACUUGCUUUUCUUUUUAAAAUACUAUUUUUAUCAUUCUUUUUAAAAAAUUCUUAGUUCCAAAUUCUUUUCCUCCCUACCACACAUCCCUCAGCCACCGAGAAGGCAAGCAAAAUAUCAAUUAUACACAUGGAAUUGUGCAAAAUACAUUUCCCUAUUAUUAGCCAUACUGGAAAAAAAAAGGCAGAAGAAAACUCCUUCAACUUGUAUUCAAGGGUUCAUCAGUUCUUUUUCUAGAGGUAGAUAGCAUUUCUCAUCAUGAGUUCUUUGGAAUAGGAUUGGAUCAUUGUAUUGACCAGAGUAUCUAAGUCUUUCACAGUUGGUCGUUGUUACAAUAUUGCUGUUAACUGUAUACAGUGAUCUGGUUCUGCUUACUUUGCAUCAGUUCGCAUAGUUGUUGCCAUGUUUUUUCUGAAACCAUAUCCCUCAUCAUUUCUCUUUUUUUUGCACCUAAUAGUGCUUUUUUUUUCCAAUUACACGUAAAGAUAGUUUUCAGCAUUCAAUUUUUUAAGAUUUUGAGUUCCAAAUUUUUCUCCCUUUCCUCUCCCUUUCCCAAGAUGGCAAGAAUCUGAUAUUGGUUAUACAUAUACAAUCAUGUUAAACAUUUCCGCAUUAGUCAUGAUGUGAAAGAAGAAUCAAAAGAAAAGGGAAAAACCAUGAUAUGUGCUGCAUCUCAAAGGAAGGAAGGGAUUUUGUGGAUACAGAAAUUUGAAGAGUAUGUACCGGGCACACGGGGCAGCAAAUGGACUGCAAAUAAAGUCAAAUUUGUUUUGUA